GCUGGACACAAGCCCUGCAUCAUCAACUGAUUCACUAGGGCCAUGUCAGUGGCAGCGUCUGUGACAGACUCUGCCUCUAUACUGCCUUCUCUGUGGAAAAGGCAAGUGGCUAUGUCUGAGGCUAUCAGAGCGCUUCAAACUUGGGCUCCUCACACGAAGGGCUUGAGGCUGGCCCCGGUGCCAGGACUUUCAUGUGCCAGGUUGGGGAUCCUGUUGUUCUUGGUACUGAUUUCUCUGCCAAGCCUGUACUGUGACCUGGGCUCACUACAUCACUCUUCCUAUGAAAUAGUCAUUCCCAAGAGUCUGACAGUGGAAGGAAGGGAAGACCAAGUGGAAAAGCUCUCGUACGUGCUAUUUAUGCAGGGCCAGAGGCAGCUGAUUCACCUGACGGUGAAGAGAGACUAUUUUGUGGAUAACUUCCCGGUCUUCAGCUACCACAAUGGCAUCCUGGGGCAAGAAAUGCCUCCCGUCUCGCAGGACUGUCACUAUGAAGGCUACAUAGAAGGAGUCCCAGGUUCUUUUGUUUCUGUCAACACCUGUUCAGGCCUCAGGGGCCUCCUGAUUAAGGAGGAAAAAUCCUAUGGCGUUGAGCCCGUGCACUCUUCCAAACGGUUUGAACACGUGUUGUACGCCAUGGCCCACGAAGCUCGCGUCUCCUGUGGCGUCACGUCCAAAGACAGCCAAGUGGCGUCCACCAGCCGGCGACCGGAGAGCGGCAAGCCUCACAGCUGGCAGGUGCCAUCCGACUUGUGGUCACAUAUCAAGUACGUGGAGAUGUUUGUCGUGGUCAACAACCAGCGGUUCCAAAUGUGGGGCAGUGACGUCAAGCAGACAGUCCAGAGAGUAAUGGACAUCAUCGCUCUGGCCAACAGCUUCACAAGGGGAAUAAACACAGAGGUGGUGCUGGCUGGAAUGGAGAUUUGGACUGAGGGGGACCUCACAGAGGUCCCCGUGGACCUGCAAGUUGCACUCAGGAAUUUCAACAGCUGGAGACAAGAGAACCUCUUCCAUCGUGUCAAGCAUGAUGUUGCCCACAUGAUCGUGGGACAGCAUCCUAAAGAGGAUACGGGGCAGGCAUUUCUCAGUGGUGCCUGCUCCAGUGAUUUUGCAGCAGCCGUGGAAUCUUUCCACCACGAGGAUGUCCUCCUGUUUGCAGCACUCAUGGUCCACGAGCUUGGACACAACUUGGGUAUUCGGCACGACCAUUCGGCCUGCAUUUGUAAAGACAGGCCCUUCUGCCUCAUGCAUGAAAACAUCACUAAAGAAAGUGGCUUCAGCAACUGCAGCUCUGACUUCUUCCACCAGUUCCUCUGGGAACACAAGGGGGCCUGCCUGUUUAACAAGCCUGGGCACAAAGGCCGCUUACGGAGGGCUUCCACCUGUGGCAAUGGCAUUGUAGAAGGAGAUGAGCAGUGUGACUGUGGUACUGUUUGUUCCUUUGACCAAUGUUGUGAUGACACAUGUAGACUGAAGUCGACUGCAUUGUGUAAUCCUGGACCCUGCUGUAAUGCUACAUGCCAGUAUGAACGAACUGGACGUAGCUGCCGUCCUGCUUCAGGAGAAUGUGACCUUCCAGAAUUUUGUCUUGGUACCUCUGGGGAGUGUCCCCCGGACACCUACAAGCAAGAUGGUUCAGGAUGUAUGGGUGGUUACUAUUGUGUUAAGGGUGUAUGCAUGUCUUCUGAUGCUCAGUGUACUGAAAUUUUUGGGUUUCCUGCAAAAGCUGCUUCAGAAGAAUGUUUUCGGUCAUUUAAUGGUAAAGGGAACAGAUUUGGAAACUGUGGUAUUCCCAGCAAGAGUGGCUCAGCAUAUACUAAAUGUGAAAACGAUAAUGUAUUUUGUGGGAAAAUGAUAUGUACAAAUGUUCAGGAGUUACCAGAGACCCAAGUCAAUUAUACGUUGUUGCAGACUCAUUAUAAAGAUGACUUCUGCUGGUCCAUGGAUAAGUAUAGUGUUAGGGAUGUCCCUGAUUCUGGAGAUACAAAGAAGGGCAAUAUUUGUGCCCCAGGGAAAGUCUGCAUGGACUUCACCUGCUCAGAUGUCAGUGUUCUUGGGUACGAUUGUGAUGUAAAGGUACAGUGUAACCAGAAAGGAGUUUGCAACAAUAAAAAGAACUGCCAUUGUGAUGAUGGUUUUUCCCCUCCUGACUGCAAAAACCCAGGAGCUGGUGGUAGUGUGGACAGUGGCUACCCUGGUUCAGAUAAUUCUGAACCAGAGGGAGGUGGAGAAGGAAAUACUACCUCUGACGAAGGGGACGGUGCCCACGACGUCUUAGGCACAAUAAUCCCAUUAGUUGCAAUACUUUGUACGUUAUUAUUACUAUUUAUAAUUUGUUGUAUCUGCAUGUUUUGUAAAGCGGACAAAGGAGCAGCUGCUGAACCAAAAAAGGAACCAGCUCCUCCGGAAGCGAAGCCUCCAGAAGAGGAGGCUGAGGAGGAAGAGGCGGAAGAGGAGGAAGAGGAGGAAGAGGAAGAGGAGGAAGAGGAAGAAUCAGAGCCAUAA